AUGGCAGAAACAGAGAGGGAGCCUAAAGUUUCUGAAGAUGUAGGGGAGAAACGCGAAUUUAAAAAAAGACGUAGAAAUCCCAACAAAAAAGAUGUUGAUCAUUACCGUGAACUGGAUAGAAAAUAUAAAGACAUUCUGGAUAAACUCGUGAGAGUAGAUAUAGAAUCUGACGCUGUUCCUAUUAUCAAAGAAGAAGCUAAAACAGGCAGAAUAACUAAAGCAGAAAUUGAAGUUGUUAUUCAAAGAUACAAAGCUAUGAGAAGACGUAUGGCUGAUGCAGCACAACUACGUAAGCUUGUGAUAUUCGAUGGUUCCUUGGAAGAGCUAAAAGCAAGUUUAUUUUCUAUAAUCAUGUAUAUUGUUAUGGUUCAGGGCAUGGUGAAUACUUUAGUAAAGAAAAGAAAAAUCCAACGUGACCAAGCUGCUGAUAUAAUUACAAAAUGGAAAACUCGUGAGAGACGUAGAACCGGCAGAAAAAACGAUAAAAUGAAUAAUAUUUCCUGCUUGCUCUGUAGGCAGAAAGGACACAAAAUAGCUGAUUGUCCAGAGAAGAGUAACGCGAACGAUGGCGAUACAGACCAUUGCUUCAAGUGUGGAGCUAUGGAUCACAAUAUAUAUUCUUGUCCGAAGAAACAUGUGAAAGGUUUCCCAUUCGCCGUUUGUUUCAUUUGUAAUGGGGAUGGUCAUCUAUCCCGAGAUUGCGAACAAAAUAAGCAAGGAGUUUAUCCUGAUGGAGGAAGUUGUGAUUUAUGUAGUUCUAUCAAACACUUGAAGAAAGAUUGCCCAGAGUUAAGACCGAAAAAGGAAGUAGCUGUUAAGAAUGUGUUCGCACAACCUAUGUCUGCUAUGAGCAAUUUGGAUGACGAUUUCGAAGGCACACGAGAAGAAAGUCCUCGCAAAAAGAAAGCAAAGGUUAUUAAGUUUUGA